AUGGCGGACAAGAAGCAGCAGCUCGUCCUGUCCAUAAUCGACUUUUUGAACCAAUCCAUAGAUGAUGGCACUGUUAAGCAAGACGACAGGGAAGGUCUUGAAGUCGCCAUUCAAUGCAUCGGCGAGGCAUUUGGUGUCGAUCCGCUGGACGACAAGCAGCGGCAACGCCUGGACAUUAAACCAGCGAAGCUACAGACCAUAUUCGAUGUAUUCUUGAAAACAAGAGAUAAAAUAACAUCUUCGCCAGCAUCUGCAUCUACACCCUCUGCCCCUUCAGCAGAAGCAAAGGCCAAGGCUGAGAAACAUAAGCAAACGGGGAAUACCCAUAUGUCAAGUAAGAAGUAUGACGAAGCCAUUGACGCGUACACCAAAGCUAUCGCGCUCGACUCUGCCAAUCCCGUCUACUACUCUAACAGAGCAGCCGCAUACGCUAGCAAAGGCGAUCAUGCAUCCGCAAUCCUCGAUUCUGAAAAAGCCAUCGAAGUCGAUCCUAAAUUCGUCAAGGCUUACUCUCGUUUAGGGCACGCGCAAUACACUUUGGGAGACUACAAAGCUGCCGCUGCCGCAUUCAAGAAGGGAGUCGAGCUCGACCCCACAAACGCCAACCUGAAAUCUGAAGAAGAUGAUGACGAUGGCCCCCCACCACUCGUACCUGAAGGAGAUAUUCCAUCAGAUGCGCCUGCUGGUUUUGGUGCGGGUGGUGCAGGCGGACUGGGUGGUAUGGCAAACAUGUUCCGCAACAUGGGAGGAAUGGGUGGGGCAGGCGGCAUGCCCGAUCUUGCUAGCCUCAUGAACAACCCCAUGAUGAUGCAAAUGGCACAACAAAUGAUGGCCAACGGCGGAAUGGAAAGGCUUAUGUCGAAUCCAAAUGUUGCUAACAUGAUGAAUCGUAUGCAAUCUGGCGGGGCCGCGCCGUCUAUGGAAGAACUUAUGGCAGAUCCAGAGUUGAGGAAUCUCGCUGGCCAAUUUGGAGCUGGAAGGUGAUUAAACGGGGUUUUGAGAUAGCGAGCUUAUGCUGAACAUUAAUGUACGGAUAAUCGCUACUGAAUGGAUUCAUGCCUUUGUUACACUCUCGCAAAUGUACAUGUUGCCAGCUCGAACUGUGUAUAGAUACAAUUAGGGACGAUGGGAUCACCAUCAAAUAUUACAUAUAGCCAUUAUACAAGUACGCGGUAAAUAUCUGCGAUGCAAACGAAUGGCGGGCUGAUAGGAAAAAAGCCAUAAAAAACCGAGCGAUGUGAGGAAGAGCACAGACGAAAAGCAACUGAAAGCAAUAAAGAUAC